UUUCCCUUAAUAACAAAACUAAAGAAAUUCCCAAAAAUGAAAUGUGUUUCGUGUGUUGUUGCUGUUGUUUGCCUUUUGGAUUGUUUUGUGCUGCCACCAUCUACUUGCUGAAGGAUCCCUUUCUCGAUCAAUUUGUAUACGAAGAGCAGCCGAUUAUACAAAAUUAUUUUGUAAACACAAAUGGCUGUAGAAUAUUGGCAACGUCCCCUUACUGCUCUGAUGUGCUUGGGCAUUGGUGGCAAUUGCGAAAUUACUCCUGUCCGAGUGCGGGAUUUGUGGAGAGCAUUCACAAUGAGAGUGGCAAAUAUCUGAAGGCGCAUUUUGGCAAUAGAACGGAUUUGAAUUGCUCCUAUUAUGUGGUGGAACGAGAGACGGACUUUGAGAAUCGCCUGCUGUAUAGCCAGAAAGUAGAAAUGGUGGCUGGAAGAUACUUUGAGCUAGAAAUCCAUGGGGAUAUUGUGCGGUUAGCGUGUGCCUUCAAUGGUUCGUAUUUCUAUAAUGGAGUGCACUUCUUUCUGAAGAAACCUUCAGCAAAGAGAAGACGCCGUCAGGGAUUGCCCAAACUUCAAUCGGCAGCCUCGCCGGACAGCCUCUCCGUGUUGAUCCUGGGCCUGGAUUCGGUCUCCCAUUUGCAUUUUCUUCGUGCCAUGGUGCAUACGUACGCGUUCCUGCAGAACCUGCCUCAUGUGGAGUUCAGGGGCUACAAUCGUGUGGGCAGCAGCUCCCUUGACAGUGUGAUGCCCCUGCUAACGGGUUGGAACAGCCAAGAGAUCGAAGACUACUGUUUGGAUGCCACGAGGGGCCUCGAUAGGUGUCCUUUCCUUUGGCAAAUGUUCCAAAGCGCUGGCUACGAAACGGCCUUUGGGGAGGAUAAUAUAGACAUGGGUCUGUUUACGCUGGACAAACCGGGCUUUGAGCAUCAGCCCACGGAUUACUAUCUGCGUCCCGCGCUGCUGGAGAUGUGGCAGAAGACCAGAACGGACAUACGCCAUGGGGCACACUGCAACGAGGAGGAUACCUAUGCCAUUGUCUUGAGGAAUUUCCUCUAUAAGCAGCUGCCUCUGCAACAGCGGAACCGCUUCUUCUCCUUUCUCUGGUGGACCCAAGGCAUACACGACAGAUUCCAAUAUGGAAGGGUAUUGGAUGAGCCCUUCCUGCAAAUGUUUCAGCAAUUAAUGGACAGUGGAAUCCUCAACCAUACCCUGCUGUUGAUUGUCUCAAACUAUGGCCUGAAGGAUGGCGACGCCACCACCUUCUCGGCGAGCAAUCAGGGCAGACUGGAGGCCAACCAACCAUUGGCCAUCAUUGCGUACCCCGAAUGGCUAGAGGAGCGGUAUCCUCUGGCUGUAAAGCAUCUCAAAACGAAUGCCAGGCGACUGGUAACCGCUUACGAUCUGCAUGCCACACUCCUCGAUAUGCCACACAUGACGGCACUGGAGGACAAGGAGAUACGUUCGCGCAGCCAGCAACUGGAGAAUCCUUUGAUGGCUGAGCAUAUGCCUCGUGGUAUAAGUCUCUUCCUGCCAAUACCCGAGCAGCGGGACUGUUCGAUGGCCCACAUACCCGCCGAGUACUGCCUGUGUCACCGUCCCACGAAUAUCCAGCUGCAGCAUAGCCAAGUGCAACGUGCCGCUCGUUAUAUCAUACUGCAGAUCAACGACUUGCUGGCAUCCAACCAUCCGCCAUGUCAGCUGUUGGCUUUGGAUCGAGUGCUGGCAGCAGAGCUGUGGCAGCGGUCCGCGGAUCAGCAGCAGUUCGAGAUCAAGCUGCAAGUGCAAACGUUGCCAGGUUUGGGCCAAUUCGAGGGUGUGGUGCGUUUUACGGACUAUACUUUCGCAUUGAAUGGACCCAUAAAACGAUUGAAUGUGGAUACCAAUGAGAGUUCCUAUUGUAUACAACAUAUUUUAAUAGAAAAAUAUUGCUUUUGUGGGUGAAUUUUUAUGCUUAUAA